AUGAAGCUCUCCAUUCUCCCCCUCGUGGCUGGCCUUGCCACGGCCUCUCCGGUUCUCGUUGAUCCCCUCGCCGACACCCCGUCUGGCCAUGAGGUUUCCAUCGUUGGCCUCGCCUUUGCCGGCUCCGGUUGCCCUGCUGGUACAGUCUCGGGCCAGCUCUCUUCUGACCUGACCACCAUCACGCUGCUGUACGCCAACUUUGUUGCGCAAGCCGGGCAGGGCAUCAGCGCGUCCAACUACCGCAAGAACUGCCAGCUCAACGUCAAGAUCAAGUACCCCCAGGGCUACCAGUUCUCCGUCUUCAAGGCCGACUACCGCGGGUACGCUCAGAUCCCCGCCGGAGACACGGGCACCUGCAAGGCCACCUACUACUUCUCGGGCGACUCCAAGCAGGUCAGUCAGGCCCCUCAUGCUCUGCUCACGAACGAACCGAGAUCGAUGCUAACCAUCAACACCACCACCCGCAGAUCACCUCGACCCUCACGCUCAAGGGCCCCUACGACGACAACUACCUCAAGACGGACACCUUUGGCGUCGAGUCGACCGUCUGGUCCCCCUGCGGGCUGGAGGGGCUCCUCAACAUCAACUCCGAGGUGCGGCUGUCGCCCAUGGACGCGGUCAAGCCCGCCCUCCUUACGGUAA